CCUCUAUAACUUUUGUUAUUUUUUUUCCCCUCAGCUUACUUCAAUUGUUCCCGCAACUUGGUCACAGACUCGGACAAGUUGCCAGAGACCUGCAGACACUUCUCACAGCCCAGAGCAGGCUCCCGUGCACUUCACUAACAGUCACAUCAGAGGUGGGUGACAGCGCCAUGGAGGAUUAACAAGCAAGCUCCACACAGGCUAUCUAAAACAAAAAGAGAAGAUAAUAGGCACUUUGCACUGUUCCUGACAACUUCUCUUCUUUACUGCACUCCUAAAACCUCUGAUUUGUGCCCUCUGCUUUCUUGUUGCCAUGGAGAAGGUCCAACACAUAACCCGCUCUGCUCUGAGGAGAGCCUCAACUAUUGAGGUCAACCCACAAGCACGCCAAAGGCUGCAAGAGCUCUUUGUGAAUUUCUGCCUGAUUUUAAUUUGCCUCUUGCUGAUCUGUAUCAUUGUGAUGCUCCUCUGAAGUUCCAGCACUCUUCCGCACUGUCCUCUAGGAAAGUCAUCCCAGAGGGAAGAGAGACCUACACCCGCAACUCCCAAUGCAAGAAUCCUCUUGUGAAAGGGGCUAAGCACUUGGACUAGAGCUGUAUGCCAACCAUCGCACUAUUCUCUUACUACCUGCUACAUGUAUUAAAAACACACUUCUGCACAGAACGCUGUUUAGAGCCUGUUGUUAAAAACCUGUGCAUGGCCUAAUUUGUCUGUGUCAGUCAAGAAAUGUCUUUUCUGAAUGGGGUAAAGUACUGUCUCUUCAUGGAGUUGUUAAGUUUCUCAAGUGUUUCAGCUAGAAAAUCACAUGAACAGAAACUCCACUUUUGGGGGGCCUGAGUGUUUUUAAAGUUCUCUCAAAAUCCUUCAGCCUUGGAGGGGUUCUAAAUUUGGUCCAUGUCUACACAAAGAAAUUUCUGCUCUACUUACUUCAAGUUGCUGCAUCUCUACAUUAUCAACUGAAAAAAAACACUGAAAGAAUUUGAAGAAUCUGAGUAUCUUAAGAGAAUAUGAGAAUAAAUAAAAAAUGUCUUCUAACCCAGGAAUAAAAACUAUUUAACAUGCUUUUCUCCCUAUUCAAGGGAUCUUGCGCGUAUAUAAAUGUUUGUGUGUGUAUACACACACACACACACACAAAACUUGGAUCUGGAAAAAAAAAAGGCAACUUAAAUUAUGGUAUUUUUCACUAUAUGUAUCCUUACAGAACUAAGUAGUAUCUGGAAAGUUUUUUCACAAUGCCUUACAGAAAAAAUUGACACUACCACACUGGUAUCAAAGAUUUAAUUUUCUAUAGUCAUUUAACUGACAUGACAAUUGGCAAAACUCAAAAAUAACUCUCAGAGUUCUAAAUAUUUGGCUCUAGACAGCUCUAUGCUGAUCUGCUGUCAUUUAUGCAAUAAUCUCCUUAGUUUAAAACUACAGAAUACUUGGUAUUUGCCAAUGUCAUAUAGGGUGGUUUAUACAUGAUGUGGUAACAAAAAAGGUUUAGGUCACUCUAACUGCUGUCACCGAAGUUUAUAAUACAAUCCAAGUAACACCACUACCCUCAACUCUAAAUGCUCAUUGAAGAACAAGCAGGUACUUUCCUAAAAUAAAUGAUACAAAUCAUUAUGUGCAGGACAGAAAGCACUGCAGAAAUAUCUUUUCAACAUGUAAACCACAGUCUACACAUAAAAAAGAUGAAGUUUGCACUCCAGCUGUUGUCAGUAAGAAGAGUGGCGAGUAGAUUUCAAACUCUUCCAUAUAUCGCUAGUACUAAGAUAAAAUCCUAGAAACCUUACAGAGUUUUCAAAUUCAAAGAGAGUUCAGGAAUCAAUAGACAAAGAUCAAACAGACAUCUACUUUUCAAACAGGCAUCUUUCUAUAGCACCCCAUGUAAGCAAACCUAUCAACGAAUACUUGAAAAUCAAUACAAUUUUAUGUUAAUAUUAUAUUCCGACCAGAAGUAGAGGCUGAUAAUGAACAGCUCAGCAGAAAGGAAAGAAAUCUUGGAAAAAAUGAUGUGCUCUAUGAAAUGCCAGCAAAUCCAGUGGUGAUGUAUGCUAAGAGCAGAUCUCUGGUUAAUCACUAAAGGAAAUUAGUUAGUUACUGUAUGAGGAUUAGGACAAGCACAGAUGAGAUACGCAACACACCCCUGCAAGUUAGUAUUUGAAUAUUACUAAUUCGAACUGUCAAUGUAAGUAUCAAUUUCUAUUUCAUGCAUCUGACCACUCUUCCAAAUGCCAUGAAUAUGAACACUUUCCCUAUUAAUCCUUCUUCUUAAGGAAAGUUACAAACACAGUGCACCACUUCUGUGGCAGGAGAAAAAAAAAAAACGCAGAAAGAUCUAGAGUUACUUUCUUCUCUUUUUAAAUCUGUAUUUUUAAAAAUACGAUGCAUAGGGUUUCCAGGUUUAGUUUGCUUUGGAGGUGUUUCAAGAAACUUCAAUUGUAAAUAGACAUCAGCCUCACAGUACAGAAAACUUCUUGAAGAAAAAAGGUGUUAAGAGUAAAAUAUCAACACAUUCAUUCUGAGACCCAUAGAGCUGAUAGGUUUCACAAGCCAGCAAUAUACAGAAGUCAAAGCAAAGCAUUGCUAAAAAAACCCAUAACACUCCCCCUUGUAAAAACAAACCCACCACUUUCCUCUUAGGUACCUGAAAAGACAUUAUUAUUUGAAAACAAUAAAUAAGAACAAAACCAAGGUAUAAAUAAACCAGAUGCCCUACUGUUAU